GCCCCCUUAUUGGAGGGGAGGGGGCGCCGGCCCUGCACGGAGCACUUCGCACUUCUCUUAUGGCAAAACCCUUAUAAAAAAGGUUCUUAAAUAUUUUACCCGAAAUAAAUAGAUACCGUAUUUAUUUUGCCGAAUUAAUUUCCUCCCAAUUGUACUUUUCCCCCUCUUCAUCUAUGGAACUCAAGCGUUAAACAAAGGAAAAAUGAUCAAUAAAUACUAACAAAUCUAGGGGUUUUUACCAUUUUCAGAGAGAAAAAUAAUUGCCCAAUAGGCCAAUACUAAUUAGGAUGGAAGGAGGAGGAGGGGCGAGUAAUGGAGGGAUGUUGUACCACGAGGUUCAAGAGUCGAAGCUCUGUGCAGUGCAUUGUGUCAACACGGUGCUACAGGGUCCAUUCUUCUCGGAGUUCGAUUUGGCCGCACUGGCAUCUGAUCUAGACAGCACCGAGCGCCAGAUGAUGCUCGGUUCUGCUACUGGCGAUUUCCUUCCUCACCUAUCGCACAACGUUUCGCUUGAUGGAGACUUCAGCAUCCAGGUUUUACAAAAAGCUUUGGAGGUGUGGGAUCUGCAAGUCAUUCCGCUGGACAGUCCUGUGGCUGAGCCUGCUCAGAUUGACCCAGAAUCAGAAAAUGCAUUUAUUUGUCAUUUGGAGGACCAUUGGUUUUGCAUCAGGAAAGUGAAUGGAGAGUGGUACAAUUUUGACAGUCUCUAUGCGGCGCCCGAGCACCUCUCUAAGUUUUACCUUUCGGCCUACCUCGAUUCCUUGAAAGGCUUUGGCUGGAGCAUAUUCCUUGUCCGGGGAAACUUCCCGAAGGAGUGUCCCAUGACAUCUUCGGAAGCUCCCAAUGGUUAUGGGCAGUGGCUCUCACCUGACGAUGCUGAGAGGAUCACCAAAUCUUGCAACUCACCGUCAAAUCCUAGAGCCAGUCGAAUGCAGCAUCUCUCUGAUCCCCAUGUCCCUUAUAGUGAUGAAGAUGAAGAUUUGAAAGCGGCAAUAGCGGCCAGUUUGAUGGAUUCCACCCCAGAAAUCAAAGCAGAAGUUGGCACCUUGGAAAGUGAAAAUAAGAACACCAAUUCAAAAGCGUAGUGAGAGAACCUUUUUUUUCAAAAUUAAACUGUGGUCAGUUGUCAUUCACUGCACGAGUUAUGCACUGUACAUUUAUAGCUUGAGAAAGACGUUGCAUUGGACUUGAUACUAUAGAGAUUUCUAUCGAAAAAAAUAAGGUCAUAUCCAGGAAUUUUACCAUGGUUUUUAGCCAAGAUCAUAUCCCUCAUCAUUGGAUGUAUGCCAUUUGGUGCAUAAGAUCUUAGUUUGAUCUGAAUGAUGCAAUUAUAAGUUCUUGUGAACAUGAAAUAUUAAAUCGGAAUUUGUAGAAACAAGGAAUUGAGCUGAUGGCUCAUAAUCGUUUAGUUUUAUUUUUGGCUUGCA